AUGGACGUGCAGACAUGGAGACCCAUAGACCUGAUUCUCAACCAGCUGGUCUUCGCCAACACCUUGGCUCUUCUCUCCAAGGGUGUUCCUCAGACACUGGCAGCGUUUGGGAUAAAACCUUUCCUGGGUGAGGCUGGGUGCAAGGUGGUCUUCUGUGUUUACCGAGUGUCCAGAGGGGUCACACUCAGCACCACCUCCCUGCUCAGCGGCUUCCAGGCCCUGAAAAUCCAGCCCGGUGUGUCUGGCUGUGUGCAGCCCAGGCUGAGGUCUGCCAAGGGCGUCGCUCUCUGCUGUGCCCUCUGCUGGCUUCUGCAUUUCCUAUUAAACCUGGCCUUUGGAAUGUGGAAACGUGGCUCCAAGGAUAGCAAAAACCUGAGUGCGUUGACCAUGUACAGUUUCUGUUCCAUCCCUGCCUCAGGAAGAAAGACAUUCCUGACUGCAGCAGUGAUAUUCUUCAUCACUGACGCUAUGUUCCUGGGCCUCAUGGCCUGGGCCAGCGGCUCCAUGCUCCUGGUCCUGCACCGACACAGGCAGCGAGUGCAGUACAUCCGCAGCCACAGGCUCGGCCCCAGGGCCUCCUGUGAGAUGCGAGCCGCUCUCAGCAUCCUGGUUCUGGUGAGCCUGUUCCUCUCCUUCUACUCUCUAUCUUCUGCCUUAUCCCUGUGCAUCAGCCAGGUGGGGACCCCGAGCCCCUGGCUAGCAAGCAUGUCCUACCUGGCCUCCUCUGGCUUCUCCACCCUGAGCCCCUUGGUGUUCAUCUUUAAUGAUGCCCGUGUCUCCCGGCUCAGCUCUGCCUGCUACAGAAGAGGAUGA